AAGUUUUAUUUUUUAUUUAUUCAAAUCUUUCCCUGGGGCACACCACUACACCUUAAAUCUGGAGUCGUGUAAGUUUUGAUCCCAUAAUUAACGAUAAAAAUGUUGUUCGAUUAAGCCAUUAGAUGUGUAUCUUAAGUAACACGAAAAGGGGCUCGUCUACCCUGACUAAAAAUCGCAAUCCAGCGUAACACCUGGUAUAUAACCCUGUGCAGCACUUAAAGACGGUACAGAUCUCUGUCAUAUCUUGGCCGUACGUCCAAAGCCGCAGUCAACAUGAACAAGGGUGUAGUUUUCGUUGCCUCCGCCUGCAUGAUGGCCGUGGUCAUCGUCCAAGUCAGCGCUCUCUGGGGCACACAGUGGGCCGCUAACCCCCGUUUCGCCGCCACUGGAGGAGUCGCCGCCAGACAGAACUACUAUGAUAACUACUACAGACGCUACCAGGCCUACAACGACGCCCAGCAACUGAGAGUUCUGACCAAGUCUGUCAACGAUCUCAGCAUGUCCUCAACACUCAGUCUCCUUUCAUUGCUGUUCUUCUCCUUCAUCGCCACCAACUCCACUGGCACCAUUGCUGGUUAAAAACAUACCAG